CAGCAGCCGUACCGUAGCUGCCUCCAGCACCCAGCGGCUGGCCCCGAGCGGAAGAGAGCGAGCUCCCGGGUGGAGGAACCGACGGACAGGCAGGCGGACCGACAGACGGUAGGACAGCCGACCCGCCUCCUCGAACGCCAGGCCCGGCUGUGACCGGCCCAAGCUGCUCCAGCCACCCAGCCAUGGCUUUGUGCCUGAAACAGGUGUUUAACAAAGACAAGACAUUCCGGCCUCGGAAGCGCUUUGAGCCGGGCACCGAACGCUUUGAGCUCUACAAGAAGGCACAGGCCUCGCUGAAGUCGGGCCUGGACCUACGGGCCGUGGUGCGGCUGCCUCCGGGGGAGAGCAUCAAUGACUGGUUGGCCGUGCACGUGGUGGACUUCUUCAAUCGCAUCAACCUCAUCUACGGCACGAUGGGCGAGUGCUGCACGGAGGCCAGCUGCCCGGUGAUGUCAGGCGGCCCGCGCUACGAGUACCGAUGGCAAGAUGAGCACCAGUAUCGGCGGCCUGCCAAGCUGCCUGCCCCCCGCUACAUGGCGCUGCUCAUGGACUGGAUCGAGGGGCUCAUCAACAACGAAGACGUCUUCCCCACCCAAGUGGGGAUCCCCUUCCCCAAGAACUUCCAGCAAGUGUGCACCAAGAUCCUGACCCGCCUUUUCCGGGUCUUUGUCCAUGUCUACAUCCACCAUUUUGAUGGCAUCAUCGCCAUGGGUGCUGAGGCCCAUGUCAACACCUGCUACAAGCACUUCUACUACUUUAUCCAGGAGUUCAGCCUAGUGGACCACCGGGAGCUAGAGCCACUGAGAGAGAUGACAGAGAGGAUCUGUCAUUGAGCUCCCAGCUGCCUGGGGGACAAUGCUGACCUUUGGCCUGGAGCUCCGGGGACCUUGGUGGGGAAAAGGCAACAGUCCCGAGACUGUGGCUCUGGCUGUGGAGAGGCCCGCAGCCACUAUCUUCUCCUGGUGCCCCUCCUGAGGCCCUCCAAACACCAGUUUUCAUUUUCCAGAAUCUGCCCAUGUUCUCGUCUGCUGGAAGGGGGUUGGGAAGGACCAGGAAGAAAGACAGAAAGAAAAGCACACACUUCAGAAACUGCUGGGAAGGAGCGUGUCAUGAAUCUGACAUUUUCCUUGGGAGACCUCCCCCACCCUCACCCCAAGCUAGACAAGGCCCCUGAGCAGCUUUGGGGAGAUAACUGAUGUAGGGGUAUAAUUAACCUAAAAGUCUUGAACAGCGUAGGGGCCAGAGCCAGGAGGGCCCUGAGUGUGACCUUGUGACAUCACUGGCCUUCAAGGGACUGUCAGUGAAGGCAAGAAGCAUUUAUUAAGCGCUUUCUGUGUACCAGGCACUGAGCUAAGAGCUGAGUGUGUGUCUGGCUCUUGUACUUAGGCCUAUGUGUAGGUGUGACUCCUUCCGUGUGUGUGUGUGUGUGUGUGUGUGUGUGUGUGUGUGUGUGUACUUAUGU